GCCAAAAAUGCCUGGGGCCUCGGAGAUGAAAGACGGACCUGAACAGGAGCAGAGACACAGAGCUGGCCACACAUGGAAGGAAAGGACUUCAUCUGGGAAACAGAGGCAGUGAUUGGAAAACAAACAUCAUUGUUGAUCAGGACACAGACUAUGCUGAACUGGUUCUGUUUAUUGGAGAAAUCACACUUGGAGAGAAAAAUAGGAAUUCAAUGAAAGAUAUUCAACUGAGAAGAAAAGAAGCCAAAAGUAUAUUACAGGCUGUGUGCACCCUGCUGAAUUCUGGAGGGGGCGUGGUCAAGGCUCACAUUAAAAAUCAAAACUACAGCUUCACCAGAGAUGGAAUGGGACUGGAUUUGGUAAAUUCCUUACCCGGUAUCAUGCACCUUCCUCAUGACUAUCUAGACUUCAUGCAGCACAAAGACUACUUUUUCGUUUUUGUGAAACCAUUGAAGCCGAAUCAGAAAGGGCCGGGGAUCACCACCUUGAAAACGAACUUGUACAGAAGAAUCAACUCAAUCUCAGAUGAAGUGAAAGUAGCGAAUGCAGUGCAGCUCCUCAAAUCCAGGACAGAUCCCGAAGAGAAAGCAGAAUCCAGACCAAGUUCACCUGGGAAAAUCGUCUGUAAUGAAACACUAAAUGAAUGUCUUUCCUUAUUUAACAGAGACUGGCUUGCCUAUGAGGAGACAUUCUGUUUCACUAAAUCCAUACAUGCUGAAGUAAAAUUGACUCCUAAGGAAAAGAUUUUUCCUAAGGAAAAGAUUUUAGAGCUCCUCCCUCAAACUGUUUCUGCAUUUGCAAACACUGAUGGGGGAUUUUUGUUCAUUGGCUUGGAUGGCAAAACGCAGCAAAUUAUUGGUUUUGAAGCAGAGAAGAGCAAUCUCGUGCUUCUAGAGAGUGAAAUAGAAAAGUGCAUCCAACAGCUGCCUGUCACUCACUUCUGUGGGGAGAAGGAGAAGAUCAAGUACACGUGCAAAUUCAUCGAAGUGCGCAAAUCCGGAGCUGUGUGUGCAUAUGUGUGUGCGCUCAGAGUGGAGAGGUUCUGCUGUGCAGUGUUCGCUGCAGAGCCCGAGUCCUGGCACGUGGAAGGUGGCUGUGUGAAGAGGUUUACCACAGAGGAAUGGGUGAAGCGCCAGAUGGAUGCCACUGCAGUGAUGCCUGGAAAGGUGAUAUGCUGUCCAGAAGCCCUCUAUAUGAAACCAUUCUCACAACAUGAAGGCUAUGAGCACUUAGUCCGGACAGAAUUGGGCUCCCUGCUUAAAGGAACACUGGUUAUCUCCAAGAGCUGGGCUUUGGAUCUGGGCUUGCAAGAGAAGCAGGAAGUUAUCUGGGAUGUGCUUCAUAUUUCCCAGGGCAGUCUCCUGACCCUGUAUGUCUUUGUCCAGGGAGAUGAGAACCUGGAAGGCAACAGCAGUCUUCUUGGGGAACUAGGCGCCGAGUUAAAGGGCUAUUAUAAACAAAUUGCCCUAACAUUAAAGCAGAUGUUGUUAAACCAUUGUGGUUACACUGCGGAAAUAGGUAUUAUAGUAAAGAUAACAUACUUGGGUCAUAAGACAAUGUGUCUUUAUGACACAAGCACAAAAAUACGUUACCCCCAAAAAUAUUAUCUGUCGGCCAAGGCAGUAAAGGACUUAGAAAAAGCUCUCGUUGAAAUCUUAGGAAGUUAUGAGUCUUUCUACAGUUUACCCAGGAGAAACUGGGAUUCUUUUAUGUCUGCAUUUUUAAAUGUGGGAAGUUAUAUAGUCCCUGUUUUGAGAAAUGUAUGAGAAAUGUCUUAACUCAUAUUCGAAUCUGACAAGACAUAAAAAAAACAAAUGGA